UUUAUAAACGAUUGUAGCGCCGAGCUUUCGGCACCUGCUCGCUGACUGUCGUGAACACUUGAGUGUGGAUCAGUGCCACCGUAUCCGCUUGUCGCCCUCGCCACCACAUCCAGUGAUGAGGUCUGCAAUCUUGCUGGUGAUUGCUAGCUGUCUGCUGUUGCUGCAGGUGGGGAGUGUUGUUGAUCCUCCGGCCUUGUCUGCGGGCAGAGCACAGCGGCGACAGUUACAGGUGCGUCUGUCGCACUGCCGGUGCGUGGGGAGAGGCGGACGUCGCCGACAGAAUGCCACUGUCACUGUUACGGAUGACAAAGUCUGCUCAGGACUGACAACUCGAGUCAGCGCCAAAAAGGAGUUAUCUGACCGGCGAUUCCACCUGAAGAUAGUCAAAAGCCGAGUGUACUACUACAUCGGAUGGACUCUCCCCAAAACAACAAAUCAGGAAAAGAUGUUUACCUCCGGUUCUUGAAAAAAACAAGAAAUGGUCAAGAAAAAGCUCGUCACAGGCGAUGUUUCCGAGUGGCAAGAUCGGAAAGUUGUCGCCACGUGGAUUGCGAGUUCAUCACAGCCAGUCAGCGCCAUCUCAAGAACAUGGAAGUUGCCUUGUUUUUUCGGGGAAAGUUCAUCCCGCUGACCGACAACAGUCGCGCGAAGAGCUCCGUUCGAAAUCCCAGACAUAACAAGUCAGCUGGAGCUAAAUGUUCUGAGGUGGAAUGUGACCAAUGGCGACCAAAAGUAACGGCAACUCAGACCGGAGAGGGGAAUGUGACCGUUAAGUACCACCCACUACUAGGACAUGCAAUGUGCUCUAGAAGUUUCUCUGGCGAUCGACCAUACCAGAAUACACAGAACAACUGUCAGUCAUAAUGUGUCUGAGAUCCACUUUACAAAUGUGAAGAAGGGAGAAUACGUUGCUUUGAUCAGGCCAACCGACAGUACCUGUGAGCCCACCUCAAAUCCGUUUAUUGUUAACGAUGUCACGUGCUCCACGUGGCUCCCCAAAGUCAAUGCUGUUUCGCUGUCGAAGUCCGGAGACGUGAUGGUCACAUUCUAUCCACCCAACUCCUUGGCCAAGAAAAUUGAAGUGUGCAUGGAGAGAAAAGGCUCAAAGGGCUGUGUUCAUCACAAGGAAGUGCCCACGGACACCCAAAAUGUCACUUUCUUUAAUAUUAAUGAGGGGACCUAUAAAGCGAUGGUGCGUCCGGUAGGCUGCUUCGACUGUCGAGACUACCAAGACUUGGGGGUCACCUGUUCACUUGGUUUUGUUGAAUCUACAGAGGAGAUUACAGUGGGUGGGCAUACAGAGACACCUGUCAGUAAGACAGCUCUGCUAGAGACGACACCUAACUUGGACCCGCACCAAUACAAGUACAGAUGAAAACAGCAGAGGAAGAGAAUACUCUGGGACAAUGAGAGAUCAAGGCAGCAGCGAGAGACAGAACACUGAGACAACGAGAGAUCAAGACAGCAGCACACCCUUGGCAUCAACUCAUUCGGAAAACAGUACCGAGUCCACCUCAUCCACAAACCCCGAGACGGAUCCGCCAAGGAGAAGCUUCCAUCAAACCGUCAAAGACCUCUUCGUUCCUAUUCUGGUACCGACUGCAGUGUUUGUCUUCGCAUUUGCACUGGCUAUAAUCAUGUGGCUAGCAUGUAAAGGUAUGCCUGCAUGCGAGCGUGUUAGAGAUGAGACCACGGUCAAGAUCAGCAUGUCACGUGCCGAUGCACAGUCAGAGGUUCCUCCUUUAGUCCCAAGAACAAAGGAUCAGAAAACUGUGUUUAUAGUGUACACUGACCACGAUGAACAUUACCGAGGCUUGUACAUAGCUCUUGCCAACGCCCUCCGACAGCUUCACUGGACGGUGAAGAUGGACUGCCUGUGCCGAAGCGAAAACGAGGGUGACGUCAUCGCCUGGACGCACAGCACCUACCACGUCUGCGACUCCAUCAUCGUCUUCGUGUCCGGAUGUCUGGCAACCACCUGCCUCUGCGACUGGAUGUCUCACGAGAAGGUGCGGGACAACCCCAGCCAGUUUGACUGCAUCGCGCCCAGAGUCCUUCUGAAGAUCAAGGCGCGGGGCGGGAAAGAUGUGGUCUUCGUUUCUUUCGGCACGCAGGAAGAGAAAGCCUACCAUCACGACCUUUGGACUCGACCCAUCCCCAGCACCAGGCUUGCCAUCGAUGAUGCAGAAUCGGAAAAAUUACGAAGCCGGUCUCUCGAAAGAACUGUUCAUUCCCCAGACAGGACAUCGUGUAACCCGGGUGGAAGUUCUCCAUCAUCGACGUCGCCCAACGCCGACAAUAAUGUGGCGCUGUACGAAAUAUCUUCCGACGAGGAUGUGAGACCUCUCUUGAUGCGGUUCUGUGUAGAUAGGACAGCGGUUGACGAUGUUCUAGACAACAGCUUAGAAGGAAUUAAGCUAAAAAACUGGUUCAGUAUGAAAAGAAGUAAAGUGAGGGCGUCUGUGACCACCAGCUGUCGUUCCUGUAGGCAGAUAGCACUCGGUAAUGUUCGCGUGCCGCAAGAGCACGCAGAAAUUCCUUGCUGACUGCGCGCGUGCCCAGAUGUGAAUGUUCUGAUCUGGUUUCCUUCCACUUGGCAUCCUUCUGCUGAGCAUAUAUGCAUAAAGUUUGUUAGUGUUUUUUUUCGCCGUGCCAGCAACUCAAGACUAUAUCACGGCGAGUUGUUUUGUUGCUGGAACAAUUUUUUGUUUUGUGAUUUGUUUCACUGUGGCAUUAACGUCCCAAAAUGUAAUCAUUAUCAAUUCUAAAACUAUUUAAGCCAGGCAUGUCAAACAUGCGGCCCUUUGCAAGCACACCUGCGGCCCGCACAAAGGACGCUUUACACCCAUGCGGCCCUCGAAGAAACCUCAGUUUGACAAGCCUGACUUAAGCCAUGAAAAGUUGUGACAGUCUACGAUGUUCUUAUCGAUGUGAAUGAUACUGCUAUAUUCUAUAACUAUAGACCCAUUCUAAGGCAGCAAAAACAUCUGUAGAUAUUCCACAACAGAAAAGCAACAUGUGUAUUGAUACAUAUAGACGUUCCAUUUUUUUUAAGCUUCAAAAAGAGGGCAGUAUGAGCUAUGGGUAGGUAAUCCUUAAGAGUGCUGAAGGUGUCGAGUCACAAUGCACACUGAUGAGCCUCAACAUCACGCAACAGCCAGUGUGACACUGGAGAUAAAACAUAAAUGGUACAGUGCUGGGCUCCCUGCCUAAACAUAUUCUGCCUUCAGUGGCUGUAUGUCCCUUCAAACUGCCCAUGGAGCAAGGGAAUGAGAAAGGAAAGCAACAGGUCAGUAUUCCACCAAAGAUAAACCCAGUAUAAUCCUCACAUAAUCUAAUAAAGGAGUUUCCAAUAACAAUGAAUUAGAACUGUACCUAUACACAUCAUCAGGGGGAGGAAAGGGUAGAAUUGGGUGCUAUGCUAUUGCAAAAACAACUAAGGCUGUAUUACUUUACUAAGCAGCCAUCCCUGUAAACAGGUGUAACAUGCAGAGAAAGAACAGCAUGCCCAAAACAAGAUCUGAACCCAGGACAGCCAAUCUUCCUUAUAUUGGUGAAUUAGCACAAACCACCACUACUAGUCCUGACAUUCCGAAGACAAAAUCCAUGGAACUAAAUGUGGGAAGAAUUACCACUUAUUAUAAUCUCUGGAAAAAUGGUCCCAAGUUCUAUCCAGUGUGCAAGACUGGAUUGAAAAAUACCACAUGCCUUCAUCAAAUUGUGGAGUGACUAUAACAAUAAAGGGCUCAGGGGAAAAAGAUCACAUUUGAAGAAGGGAAGAUGUUGACCAGAAGAACAGUUAAUGUUUGCACAAGUCUAUGAACAAGAAAGUGACAUUGUCAUCCUGGAAAAGAAAAAAAAAUUGAAAGAGCAGAACAGCAAAUAAGGAGGUAUAUGAUUCUUUGACAAGUCAUCACUAGUUGGGAAUUAGAAUGUCACAAAAUUGAUCAUGCAAAUCAGACCUUUGCUGGUGCCCCUUUGUAUCAAUCUGUACGGUUGUAGAUGCUUUUUUUUUUCCUGAGCUCAUCUCCAGGAGUGACAAGGUGAAAAAGAAACGUUGCCUUAUGCUCUCCUUGCAGGAAAAAAUUCUUUCUUGCUUCAUGAACCUCAUCAAAGAACUAUUCAACUGAACAGCAUUAGCAACUUAUGUUACUUGGGCAGUUUGAGGAGAAAAAAGCCUUCGUGAGGCAAAAAGAAUAAAGAUUUUUAACUUUUUAUGUUCAUACCUAAUGCUAGAUUUCCUAGCCAUCAUAGCAAAUGCCUAAAAUUGUGAGCUCAUGAAGAUGAGCUGCCAUGUUUCAAUAUUUACUUCCAGACUUUUCUCAAGAACUGAUUGACCACAAUUUCUGUAAGGAAUUGAUGCAAUGACCGUUAUAUCAUGUAUUAUUUAAUAUUAUUGCAGCAUUGAGGGGGCGGAAAAUAAAAACAAGAACUUCUAAUGCAUAGUUCACAAGAAGUUUGUGUAAAAUUCAUCUUAGUGCAAUAACAGCAUCUGAUCCACAUGUUGCAUCAGAUUCAUUUAGGAAAACAAGCUUAAACACUGCCAAAAUUUGAAUUUCUCAAACUAUGUAAAAUAAAGCUAAUUUUUGGUAUAUUAUUUGAAAUGUCUUUUUCCAUCAUGCUGAUCUCAGAAAACAUCACUGCCACAUUUUGAUAUUUUAACCUUUUAUAUCUGUGUGUCAUUGUUAUAUAAUUUUGUAUGCUAUGUACAUUGCGCAAGGGCAGCUACUGGUAGUUUUACAUCCCCUUAAUUUCACCAUCUUUACAUGCAAAUAUUUCAAUGCAAUGUGUACACUAAUCAUAAAUGGCCUAUCAUAUUUGUAAAUUAAAAAGGAAAACACUGCCAAAUACCUUCUGCAAAAGAAGGCAUUUAAUUUCAAGUUGACAUUAAAAAAUGUUUCAAUUC